AUGAGUCUCAAGCUAACAAUCCUUCUGGCACUCGUUGGUAUUGCGUUUUCGGCUGUUGGACAGUCAGAGGUUCAGAACGAUCUGUUGAAAGGUUCAGAACCAUCUGGGGAACCCUCCGAAGAUUCUCAGCCGUCUCAAAAUCAUCAGCAAUCAGAAGCUUCACAACCCUCUGCCCAUCCUUCUGCCGAGACUCAACCAUCCGGACCACCGAGCUCUCCCCCACCACUAACAGGACGCCCAACAGGUUCACCAGGACCACGGAAUCGACGUCCUGGUGGACACCAUCAUCACAAAGGAAAGGGCACGUUCUACUUCGACUUUAUUGAUAAGAAAUAA